UGUGUGUGUGUGUGUGUGUGUGUGUGUGUGUGUGUGUGUGUGUGUGGAGCUGUGUGCAUGCACGAUUGUGGGCAGAUGCAAAACUUGCAAGGACAUGUGGGAGAAAAGACGCACGUCUGGUCUAACUGUUCCUUCUCAUGUGCCCUACCCGGCUCUAACGCUCAUUCUCAGUAUAGUGCCUUCUCUGCUUGCUGCUGGCUGCUUUCUUCUACGCGUGGAUAGGCGGUGAUCAAGGGGCCAACAAACUUCGACAAGGAGAAAAUUUCAUAUCCAGGGGCAAGUCCAGUCACUCACUGCUGCUCAGAGAGGUGCACGGGCAAAGCUUCAGCGAGCCCUCAAAGCUUCAGACAAACAAUGGAAAGUUUUGGUGAGGCACUGCUGAAGCUAAAGGAGAUCUAUGAGCAAGAAGUAGGAGGUUGGCAAGAAAAAGUACUUGAACUCACAAGUCAAAAGAAUGGUGAUGCAAAGCGUAUUGAGGAGCUCUUUGCCAGGAACCAACAACUUCGAGAGCAGCAGCGGGUGCUAUGUGAAAAUGUCAAGCAGCUAGAGAACAGGCUGCGUGCUGGCCUGUGUGACCGCUGCACGGUGACGCAGGAGAUGGCCAAGAGGAGGCAGCAGCAGUUCGACCUGUGCCGCCUGCAGAGCCUGCAACACAUCUCCACCCUGAACACCGAGUUGGCUACUCUGCGGAGAGAGAACAAACGACUGUGUGGGGAUCUGCAGAGCCUUAGGGCAUCUGUGAGGACCGUCAAUGGCUACUCAGUGGAAUCAGCAUCCCAGGAGGUCAAGAGGGGUCAGCCUGCAGUCGUAGCCCCCAUGUCUAGCCUUUCCCCAGCAGGGGGCAGUGUGCAGACAGCUGAGGCAGGCCAUGGUGGUCUCGGCAGCAGUGAAGAGGCCAGGCACAUGGAUGCAGUAAGCCAGCAGCAGAGCUUUCCUUCUUCACCAUCGCUAUCUAUGGUCUGGAGAACUGUGCAGAAAAUUGCCCAAGACCAGGCUUCUACAGAGAGAAGAGUCAGACGCACAGACAUCCCAGACGACUCGUCGCCAUUGUUUCCAAAAUCUAUGCUGAUGCUGAAGACCAAACCCAACACCUCCUCCUCGCCCACCUCCAACACCACCUCCUCCUCCUCAUCCCCUACUGUCCCAGAGGAGAAAGGCACCUCCUCCUCCAUGAAGGUCCACACCCCCAUCCCCUACCGGCCCCGACCUAUGAAGACCCAGAGCAUGCCAACUCAACCCUGGCAGUUGGCCGACAACUCUGACUGGGUGACCAUGUCCGUGAUGGCGGAGGAUGGCACGGUGGUCCACCACAACCCCAGCAUGCUAGCGGUGCACCCCAUGCCCAACAACGUCAGCGCGGCUGCUGACCUCCGACAAGGUGCCCAGGAGAAACCCGCCGGUGCAAUCCAAAGGCCCUGGUCUGGCUCGGCCCCUGUGCCCACUAGAGGCCAGGGGUCCCCUCCUCAGAAGGGCCCCCCGGAUCAAGGGGAGGCGGUCCAGUCAAUUGUGGAAGGACCGAUCGUGUUGGACUGUGAUGAGGAGGACUGGAAGGAAUCCAUUGCCGACAGCUGUAUGCCCGCUAGUGAUAUGAGCGCCAUUAGCGAUGCGCCUUUAGACCUGUCUGGCCACAACAAAGCUAACAAAGCUCCACAACAGGCUACGGUGAAACCAAUGCCAACAGGCUCACCCUGCUCCUCCUCUUCUUCCUCAUCAUCGUCAGCGUCAUCAUCUUCAUCAUCAUCACCGCCCACACCGUCGUCCUCCUCCUCGAUUGGCUCUCAGACUGAGCAGAGGAUGGAAGAGGUGACCUGUCAGGACGAUGCUGACAAAGGAACUCAGACCGCAGGGAAAAGCGAGACUGGUAAAGCCAGUGACACCACCACAGGAGGCACAGAAACCUCAAAAGUGCCAUCACUCACCAUCUCCCUGCGUCCAGUGGUGGUGUUGGAGAACAUGAGGAGCAAGGGUCGCUCUGGGCAGAGGAGCAGCAAGAGCUGGGCCGUGGUGAGCGAGGAAGAGGAGGAGGCGGAGGAGGAGGAGGAGAGGGAGGAGAAGGAAGCCAACCCCAGGAAGAGAAUGAGACAUGCCAAGGAGCCUGACGCAAAUGGUGCUCCACAGGCUCCCAGGCUGACGGAGAGGCGUACUAGGAUGGGUGGCCGGCCAAAAGAGAGAAGCCUGGUGGACACAGAGCAGGGAUAACUAGCUGCCUACACCAGUCUGCGAUGCUAAAUGAAAGCAGAAGCACUGAAAUCCUUCAUCAUCUUCUUCUUUAGAAAAAAAUCUGCAUGGGCCUUUUUCAGUCUUCAUAGCAGAUACAGUGGGAGAGAGAUUGCCUGUACAUCACCAAACUAAUAUCACAAGAGAGAUAUAGUCUGGGGACCACCUACGUAACUUUCAUUGAGGAAAUGUGGUGUACGAUUGCCCAUGGCCAUUUAUUUGGCGUAUACAUAGCCCAUAGUCAAUCAUGUCAGUUGUAGUCAAACAAACUACAAGCUUCUAUUUGUUGAGAAAUACGCAUCACCCCACUUUUGGAUGGGCUCCGUACCUCAGGGUAGCACUUUGGGAUGAGCAUCCACUCUGUCUUUCAGAUUGGAACAGUCAUGGAAAUGUCUCAGACUAGGAUAGAGAUGGGACUGGGAAAUGACUCAGGCCUGACUCGCCCCAUAGGCAAGUUGCCCAUUGAUGGCACGAUGCACCACACCACCCCCAUUGAAGACCCUCUA